AGCACAUGUAAUGUAUUGCAGUAUAUAUUCAUUAUGUGUUUGAAUGGCUUUUGUGUUGCAAAUGGCGUUCAAUAGCAGUGAGUGAGUCCUCACAGGAGUUGAUGUGUUUGUCACUCAUUGUGGACAACAAUCACAUGACAAGAGUGGACAUCAAUACAUGAUUUGUGACCAAAUUGUCUAUACAUUACAUUAUGUUAACCAUCACUACAGACAUCACCACAGAAGUGACGACAAACAAUGAUGACAACAAAGUGAUGAACAAUGGCGUCAACUACACGAUCGGCAUUAUUGCCAAUAAUGAAGAAAAUGAUAGACCAUUGAUGACAGAGACAACAACCACAACAUCAUUGACCGCUAUAUCACUUCCCGAUGCUCUUCAGGCCAGUUGUUGUAUAUCACAAGUGACCAACAUAUCGAGUUCACCGACGACGGAAGUGGCCACUAAUGAAACGGUUAAAAAAGAAAAAAGUAGUUCUCAAUCGUCAACACCCACUCAUAAUGAUGAUGAAGACGAUGGAAACAGUCGAAGAAGAAGUAGUCGUUUGAAGACAUUAGAAGCCCGUAAAGAACAAGAAAGGACUUUAUUUUCUAAACAUAAAGAUAGCGAUGAAAACAGUGGUGACUCUUGUAUUGCCAGCAAUGAAAUCAUUGAAUCAAAACACACUUUGAUUGAAUCUCCAAAUAAUAUUAGUGGUAAACAAAAGAAAAAAAAGGCAAAAAAAGAGAAAAAUAAAAGUAAAGACAAAAAUAAAGACAAAGAUCGUGACAGCGAAGGAAAGAAGAAACGAAAGAAAAAACAUUCAAACGAUAAAAUUAAUUCAUAUAGUGAUCAAAAUUAUGAUAAAUUUAAGACACAAGACAUGCAUAAAAACUCAAAUCCGGAGUGCUUUACAGCUCCACUUCCGCCAUCACAUUACGCUAACAUUAAAAAUAAUCAUUCAUUAACUUCACCAUCAAAUAAAUGUACGGAUAGUGACGAGUCAUCGCCGAGACCUGAGAAAGUCAAGACCAGAUGGAGACGAAACAGUGAACUCGAGUUUACUCGAGAACACGGAGUCAUUGUCGACCACAAACAAAAUGCACAAAUGCUUCCCAUUUCUAUAACUAAAGAAACAGAAAUCCCACCGGAAUUUGAUGUGAUUGAUGAAAAUAUUUACUUAUUUGAAAGACGAAAAUCUAAGAGUAAGAAAGAGACGCGAAGAAUGGUUUGCGACUGUAUUUUAACAAAAGAAGAGAGAAUGAAGGGUUUAAUUGGUUGUGGAGACGAUUGUCUUAAUAGGAUGCUUAUGAUUGAAUGUGGUUCGCGAUGUGCUUUGGGAGAUCAUUGUGCAAAUAAACGGUUUCAAAAAAGACAAUGUGCGAAAGUUGAACCCUUUAGGACCGCUAAUAAAGGGUGGGGUUUAAGGGCUUUGGAACCGUUGCAAUCAAAUUCAUUUAUUAUGGAAUACAUCGGCGAAGUGAUAGAUCCGCUGGAUUUUCACAACAGAACUCAAAAGUAUUCAAAAGAGAAGAGAGAGCACCACUUCUUUAUGGCACUUAAAAGCGAUGAAAUAAUUGACGCCACUGUUAAAGGCAAUAUCACCCGAUUUAUUAACCAUAGCUGUGAUCCAAAUAGCGAAACUCAAAAAUGGACUAUAAAUGGAGAGCUUAGGAUCGGGUUUUUUACUCAGAGAUGUGUUCAGGCGGGAGAAGAGAUCACUUUUGAUUAUCAGUUUCAGCGCUACGGAAAAGAGGCUCAAAAAUGUUUUUGCGAGUCAUUCAACUGUAGGGGUUAUAUCGGGGCCACAGAAGGUGCAAAUAUUCUGACUGAUGGCUCAAGAAUUACAAAUAAACAAAAAGAAGAAUUGGAUGAAUCAGUAGAUGACGAGGAAUUUCUCGAGGAUCUCGCUCUUGAAGAAGAAAUUGCCAAACUUUCUGAAGGAGAAGGUCUUAGAAAUAGACAACAAGUACUUACAAUGGCUCGGCUUAUGGUUAGAGCUGAAGACACGGCCUCUCGAAUAAAGCUAAUCGAUAUAAUAAAAGGAACGAUAGAAAUGACUUAUCUAAGACUUUUGUUAGAUUAUCACGGCUUGCAAUUACUGUGGAGUUGGAUGGUUGAAGUAGAAGAUAAUGAACUUAAAUCAUCAAUAUUAGAACUUCUUGAAAUUCUACCGAUUCCUAACAAAACUAUGUUAACUGAUAGUAAAGUAUACGCAGUGGUUGAGCGAUGGGCUCAACAAACGGAUGAGCCAUUCGUUAAGAGCGAUACUAUUCCAUCUCAAUCUGAAUUGCCAACCGAAUGCGCUAAUACAACUCAAGAGGAUGUAUUAGAUUCUAAAGAUAAUAUGGAGGUCGAUGUAACUGAACAACUAAAGGAGGGUGUAGUCUGUGACAGCAGUGAAAACUCUGUUAACUCUGACGCCAACACUGUAAGUACUGAACAGUCAAAAUCUGAAGAAACUACUGAACUAUCAAAACCUGAAGAAAGUACUGAACUGUCAAAAUCUGAAGAAAGUACUGAACUGUCAAAAUCUGAAGAAAGUACCGAACUGUCAAAACCUGAAGAAAGUACUAAACUGUCAAAACUUGAAGAGUCAACAAUAGAAGAAAAUGAAACAAUUGCUGAGACUUUAAAUACAGAAAUAUGUUCGACAACACCACAAGAAAUUGUAGAGGAAUUAAAAGAAGAAGAAAAAUCUCAAAACGAAAUAGAGAUGUCCUCUACUAAUACAAAAUCUAGUCCUCGUAUAGAAUUCAAAAGUUCUUCAUUUACUUUAGUAAUCAAACCGCGGUCUCAGCUAAUUGUUGACAAAUCAGAUGUUUCUCAAUCUCAGACUAUAAUUAAAUCGAAGCCAAGCAUAGCAGCAAUGGCUCAAAAACUUUUACUUAAUUGGAAAGACCUUAAAGAAGUGUUUAGAAUUCCACGACUUGAAAGACAAAAACGACACGAAGACGAGAAAGAGGCGGACAGGAAGACAUUAGAAGUCGAAGAGAGACGAGCGAAAGGUUUACCACUUAAUUUCGAUAAAAGAAAUGUUGACGACAGAGACUAUACUAUUGCUGGCAUUCUUGGCACUAAACGGAAGGGAAUUAAAAGACUUUUCGAAAUGAAAGAUUUGUCAAACAAACGGACAGCAAAUGUUUUGACACCGAAUCAGAUGUUAGCCUCAAAUUGGAAUAAAGUGAGUAAAGAAGAGCACCGGAAGAUGUUUGAGAUGGAAGUGGCGCAGAAGGACUAUCAGGAAGCGCUGAAAAGGUAUCACCAACAACUUGCUUAUUAUAACGCUGUUUAUGGACAACAUAUUCAGGCACAACAACAACAACAAUACUAUCUACAGGAACAGUAUGUUAGCACUUAUGGACCCUAUGAUCAACAAUAUUAUCCAAACGACCAAAACCUUUAUCAACAAUCUGCAGAACUUUCUGCUACUUCCGAAAGUUAUGACUAUAAUAAUGUAGAAAAUGAAUCAAUGAAUGAAUUUAAUCAACAGAUUGCUAAUUAUGAUGACAACAACGAUGACUAUUCCUUAUUAAGUAUUGAGACGACACCUACUUUAAUACCUUUAGCUAACUUUGAUAGCGAAACAUAUUUUGAAAGUGAGUCAACUCUAGCAAUUGAUAACCUGCCACACAAUUGGAUCACUUAUAAUGAUAUUAGUAAACCAGAUAAUGAUAAGAAGUCAUCAAUUUUUGAUCCCAUAUAUCCACCUCCAGGUGUUUUUUAUGAGACUAUUGAAGGCAAAAAGUAUUUCACUCCAUUACCUAUUGAUAGACACAAUAAAGCAGUUAAUAUGGUAUUUGAUAACAAUAUAACUAUUCCUUUUGCGCACAAUUGGACCAAAUUAUUAAAUGAUAAUUUAGCUAAAAAUUGGAAACACAAACUCAACCAAAAUGGAGAUAUUUAUUAUUACAAUAAAACUAAACACAAAAGUCAAUGGAUUGCACCCAAAGGUGACGAAACUGAUACCGAUAUUUCAAAUCAUGAAAUUUCUACUUUAGAUAAUGACACUAAAUUCAGUGAUAAUGAAGACUUAGUUUUAGCAUCUGAUUUGACAACUGAUAAAAUAUCACCCAAAUUGAACUCAAACUUAGAACAAACAAUAUUUAAGUCUUUGUCAAUAGAAGCCGACAGUGCAGAUCCUGUUCCCGAUAAUGAUAAUGCAGUUAAUUCUACUCAUAGUUCACCUAAUUUAUUACAAUCCAUACUUGCAUUAGAAGCUGAUCCACGAAAACGACGACAAAUGCUUAAUUCUGUAAUGCCGUCAACAACAACAGCUGCUGCAGACACCUCCUCUUCAUCUAAGCCGAAGAAGUAUUUAUCGACGCGUCAAAUCCAAGAAAACUUUCGCAACAAAAUGUCUGAAUAUGUGGUCCAUUGUCUUAAUCAAUACAGAAGAACUGAUUGUAAAAAAGGAAGGAUUGUUAAUAAUAAUGAUUUUAAAUACUUGGCUCGAAAAUUAACGCAUACAAUAAUGGGUAAAGAGAUUAAACAAUGCAAAUCAUUGGAGCACUUGUCGUGUAGCGAUGCCGUCAAACAUAAAACUAAAGAUUACGUCAAGAAAUAUAUGGCACGAUUUGGUCCAUACUAUAAGACAGACAAUAGUAAUAUCGAUAAAACAAUGGUUAACUCACCUAAAGAUGUUUUGUCACAAACAAAUGAUUGAUUAAAUUAAUUGAAAUAUUUAGUUAUUUUCAAAUUGAUUUGCUUGUAAAUAUCAUAAUAAUUUCAUUGAAUUUUUAUAUAAAUUAUUUUAUGUUAUAUAU